AUGUCUCAAAGGCAGCCUCAGUCACCUAAUCAGACUUUAAUUUCCAUUACAAAUGACACAGAAACAUCAAGCUCUGCCGUCUCCAACGAUACUACACCUAAAGGAUGGACCGGAGACAACUCUCCAGGAAUAGAAGCACUGUGUGCCAUCUAUAUCACUUAUGCUGUGAUCAUUUCAGUGGGCAUCCUCGGAAAUGCUAUCCUCAUCAAAGUUUUCAAGACUAAAUCCAUGCAAACAGUUCCAAAUAUUUUCAUCACCAGCCUGGCUUUUGGAGAUCUGUUACUCCUGCUGACUUGUGUCCCAGUGGAUGCAACCCACUACCUGGCAGAGGGAUGGCUGUUUGGAAAGGUCGGUUGUAAAGUGCUUUCCUUCAUCCGGCUCACUUCUGUCGGUGUAUCAGUGUUCACGCUAACAAUUCUCAGCGCUGACAGAUACAAAGCAGUCGUGAAGCCACUUGAACGACAGCCCUCCAAUGCCAUUCUGAAGACCUGUGCCAAAGCUGGUGGCAUCUGGAUCAUGGCUAUGAUAUUUGCUCUGCCAGAGGCUAUAUUCUCAAAUGUAUACACUUUCCAAGAUCCUAACAGAAACGUAACAUUUGAAUCCUGUAACUCCUACCCUAUCUCUGAGAGGCUUUUGCAGGAAAUACAUUCUCUGUUGUGUUUCUUGGUGUUCUACAUUAUCCCGCUCUCGAUUAUCUCUGUCUAUUAUUCUUUGAUUGCCAGGACUCUUUACAAAAGCACCUUGAACAUACCGACUGAGGAACAAAGCCAUGCCCGAAAGCAGAUUGAAUCCCGGAAGAGAAUUGCCAAAACGGUACUGGUGCUGGUGGCUCUGUUCGCACUCUGCUGGUUGCCGAAUCACCUCCUGUAUCUCUAUCACUCAUUCACUUAUGAAAGCUACGCAGAGCCUUCUGAUGUCCCUUUCGUUGUCACCAUUUUCUCUCGGGUGCUGGCUUUCAGCAAUUCCUGCGUGAACCCCUUUGCUCUGUAUUGGCUGAGCAAGACCUUCCAGAAGCAUUUUAAGGCUCAGCUCUGCUGCUUCAAGGCAGAGCAGCCUGAGCUUCCUCUUGGUGACACCCCCCUUAACAACCUCACUGUGAUGGGGCGGGUUCCAGCUACUGGGAGUGCACACGUCUCUGAAAUUAGCGUGACCCUGUUUAGUGGCAGUACUGCCAAGAAAGGAGAGGACAAAGUUUAG